UUGCUAGUGUCUUACGGCCGCUAGCUGGUUAUUAUUGGCGUGACCUCUAGCUCUGUACCUCGUGUGUGAGCGGCGCUCGCUCAUUUUUAGACCGCGGUUAAUCGCCGAGUCUCCCGCACUGUCGCGGAACGCUCAGAACGAGCCGCCGCCGCUCAGCGGUUACAAAAUAGUUUCAGAGAGCUUUUUUGACCAGCGGCGCUAGACGAGGCCGAUGCAGUCCCUCCUCGGCGUGGACCUCUUCGGGGCCCACGGCGCCGACAUGAAGCAGAUCUCCGACAAGAAGGAGCACCAGACGCAGGCCCGCAUCCGCGGCGAGUAUGAAAACAGAGAGGGCCCGUGGCGCGGGGACAAAGGGCCCCGUAUAAGCGACGGCACGAGCUUCUUCUCUACUCGCACGUCGCCGCGCCACGACGGUUCUUCCAUAGCGGACUAUUUUGUGGAUAAGCCGGAUCAGGACCAAGGCAGGUACUGGCGCAACUACGACAUUGAGCGGAGCCUCGCGCCGGAGCUCGCGCCGCGGGACGAGUACGAGGCCUCGCUAAAAAUUCAGCGCGUGGCGCGGAAGUGGCUUUCCAGAAGACGCAACGCGGCGCGGGACGUCGCGCGAGAUCUAGGAGUGCUCGAGACGGAAGCGCAACUCAUCCAGCGCGCCUGGUACGCUAGAAAAGCUCAAGAGGACGUCCAGCGCGCGCGCGUGCAACAACUCAAAGAGCGGCAGACCUGGCGCGACUACGAGGCGUUUCUUGCUUCACUGACGCAGCCGGGCGGCGAGAGCGUCUUACGCCGUCGACGCGAGUCACGCGACGCCUGUUUGAUUUCCACACAGGUCACGAGUGACCGGAAGAAGCCCGCCAAGUCCACGGUCCUCGCGGCGAAGCUGAAGACCGCCGCGACGACGAUCAAAGCGCCCGUCGAUAUCAACUGUUCGGUCCGCGACGGCGGCCACCGCUUCGAUCUCUUGGUUUUGGAAAGGGCGUCGGCCGGGAAGCGGCGCCCGACCGGUUUAGAGGUCGCAGCGGCCGAUGAGCCCUUCGUCUUCGCUUCACAAACAUACGAGGGGUCCCUGAUUGUUCUCGGGUGCAAGUUGGCGCUCGCGGUGCCGACGGUGCAGCAGGCCUGGGCGUCGUCGGGCGUGCGCGCGGGGGAUAGAAUAGUGGCCGUCAACGGGACGGCGGGGCCCGCGGAGAAGCUGCUCUCGUUGUUACGGAGGGACAACAAGAAGCGGCGGCUGACUUUAGUGAGACCGCAGGCCGAGGAGGGCCUGGGGUGGCGGGAUUCGGUCCGGGCGCGGCGGAAGCUCUUCGUGUAACAUGGGUCUAUCGUAA